GUGGGCGGCACAGGUGAGCACAGCAGGCGGGUAGGAGCACUGGUACGACGCAGAUAGCAGCAGCAGAUAGCUGUAUGGCUGGGGACUAGCUACUACCAGCGAGGGCGGGCUGCUUGCAUUCGUGUAUGUUGCAGUGAAGCAAGCACGAAGAAUACGGAGCAGUUGUGGUGGACAGGUUCAUCCAACAUACGGCACAUACAAGUGCGAUGCCAGAAGCCAAGGACUCGCUUACUUUGUCCCCAGCUUAGCAGCACACAUACACACGCACACAAGCAUGCUUGUCGUAACUCAUAAUGACACAGCGCACGGCAGCAUGUGCAUACGUGUGCACGUGCUGUACGGCUUGUAUGCACUGUUGCAGAGCGCUUGCAUUAUGAAUCGUGAAGCGAGCGCUGUGGAUGAGACUCACUUGAACUGCUCAUGACCAAUGCCGGGCGCUAGGGGGCCGCGCGUCUCGCGCAGCACGUUGGUCACGAAGCUGUGCACCACCUCCUGCUGCGCCGCGUGCGCCGGCGUGGAGGGGGGUGCGGACGGCCAGUGCUGCGUUGCCUGUGCAUGCAAUGUAUGGGCAGGUGCGUGUGUAUGUCAGCAGGUGUGUGGAGAAAAUUACUCAAGCAUGCGCGUGCGUGGGCAAUCCUGAAAUCCCUUAAACUACCCGGAACACCAGGGGCAAUACCAGACAGGAUUAUUGCAUCCCCAGGCGGGUGCUCGGAAGAACCGUUACGGAUGGGAAAUGUGUUAAGUCAGCUGGAUGUGGGGAAGCAGGGUCUUAGAAACUGUUCCAAGGGUGGAGGGCGUGCGACGCCAUGCGUGAGGAUGUGUAUGCGUGGACCACGUGCAUUGAGAGAUGUAAGGCUUUGGCAAUUUUUGCUCUUCCGUUGCCGGUAUGUAGUGCAGCAGGAGCUAUCAAAGUAGUGUGUUGGUUAUACUUGGUUAGACCGUCAGAAUGAAUGUCACGAACUGCUUAUGAGGCCUACCUGCCAUACAUGUAUAUGUUGGGUGUCUGCCCCGCAGCGGCAGCUGGGUUAAAAUUGUAAUGGGCACCAACA